AUGACCAAGAGGUUCAUGGUGAUUUUUGGAUGGAGGCUUGGAUGGUAUGAAAAGAAAAACAAAAUGUUAUUGGAGUUAGAGCAGCUGGUCAACGAUGGGAAAUGCAAAGAUUGUGGAGAAGGAGAGGGGCUCAAGGGUAUACAAUGUAUCUUGGCCAUGGGGGGGGAACCAUGCCCCAAUAUCUCACAUCAGCCAGACCCAUCUCCCUGGGAAGAUCUUGGGGCCAUGAAAGAUGUGUUUGCACAGGAGGAGGGGGAUACAAUUAAUGACAUGCAGUUAGGAGUAUCUAACCUAGUCAUUGUGCACUCUACUGGUGUUUACUCACACAGUGUAUCAUGGUGCCAGUGUUCUGGAGCUGAGAAGGCCCAGCAUCUCCAUCUCAUGAAAGCAAGGUUAUUUCCUGCCAGUAUCACUCGCCCUCAAUCUGCUUUCACAUUCGAUGUCCUGGAUAACUUCCUCAUAGACACUUUGGAGUGCAAGACUUCAGCCAUGAGUUUCUAUCAAAAGCUCCAUCAGUUCACAAACAAUGCAUUCCCUGAUAAAAUACUGGACAAAAAGGACUGUUACUGUGAACUUAUGCAAGUGUCACAUAUAUGGCGGGAUUUGGUUAAUAAAAAAAGGUUUGGGUUUGGACAUGACAUCAAACGAUCCCCUGGUCCAAGGGAUUUAGCCCUUUAUUGCCCAGCAUGUCCACAACCUGGAAUCAACUUGCCAAUGUCUUGGAGAUAUGACUAUGAAGAGUGGUUAGUUAUGCAAAGAUAUGUGGUCGAUGGAAAUUUCACAGCACAACAUAUGAAAAUGAAAAUUCCGGAAGAUGAUGUUUCUCUAGCAGAUGGAAAGGGAUACAUGAAAUCCACUUGCAACAAUCAUCAGGCAGUGAAUGAAGCAAACAUCCAAAGAAGCAACCUAAGAGCUACAGGGGUUGGGGCACCAGCAUGUGCUAGGCAUGGAUGCUUUGUUCCUCAUGCAGUGGUAGACUUCCAAAAGGGGGAGUGGCACAUGAACAUGGACUAUUCCAUUUGCAAUACAGUGAAAUAUAUGCCCGAACAUAUUGGCAGUGUGCUCAUCAUCUAUGAUGUUGCAUUCAAGUCAUUACUCAAAAAGUAUUGUCAAGCCCUACAGGGUGUUAGUGACACUCAGGGUCCAUACGAGGAAUUAACCAGAUCACUUGAUUUGGAUGAUGUUCAGGAGUGGAAAAAGGCAGUCGAAAAAGCAGCUCAGGACCGUGGAGAGCUUCUUGACAUCUAUCAGCCUAAAAUGGAUAGAUUGACUGAAAAUGAACUAUCUGCUAAUGGUAGGACUGGGUCUGUUGCAUGGUUGAUUGAGGGUAUAAAUAUAGAAAAUGCUCAGCAAAAGCUCAUGGCAUGGAUUAUUAAGUUCUAUGAGGCUGCAGAGGUCAUGACUAAUGAUAUGGAAUUGAAGGGAGGUGAAGGAGCACCACUGGACAACCCUGAACUGUGCCUGGAGGAGGCUGACAUAUCCAGUAUGGAAGAUCCAGAGGAAGAGGACUUUUUCAACUUUGAGGGUAAUAUUGACUCACCUGCAGAAGUCACCGAGAUUUGGAUGCCAUCAUGGGCAGCCUCUGGUCACAUCAUGAAUGAUAAGAACUCGAGCUUUGAAAGGGUCAAGCAAACGACUGCCUGGAAAAGCUUUGUCAAGCCCUGGGUGAUAGAUCAGUCGUGUUUCGGGAGAAAAUACACUUCAACAAAUCAGUCCAUCACCAAGGGCACUAGAUCUAAAAAGGAACUUCAAAAGAUAACUCUCUCCAUCAACAGACAGGCGCGAGUUUACAGCCGGGCAAGGGCUGCAAUGCUCCACCUAGGGGCUGACUCUGAUACAGUGGCAGUGUAUCAACCCCUAAAGCCUCAGGACCUAGUGGAUAACAAUGCAGAGGACAGUCAGAAGAAUAUAUGGAUGAAUGAGUUUUAUCAUGUGAAUUGGUUGAAAGUUAAAGCACGGUAUGACCAUUGGUCAGAAGAACUGAAAUUGGUACAACAUGAAAUGUUUUGGACCAUAUCCUGGUUUUGGACACAGGAGGAGAGGUGGAGAGUUCAGGCAGAUGAAAGCAUCAAGAAUGGGAAUAGGGCAUAUGCUGAGAGGCGGGCAUCUAUGUGGGCAGAAUUUUCAGCUCAGGGUCUCAAGAAUUUUGAAGGAAAAUUACAUAUAACAAAAUGUAAACAUGGUGUAAAGGGGCUGGCCGAUAUGCUUUGGGCUUCUGGCCUAGUAGGCCUGCCCACCUCUGCAGUCCAGCCUCCAUCUGCAAUCUGCAUGUCAGGGCCAGCCAACAUACUUUGGGCAUCUGGCCCAGUAGGCCUGCCCACCCCUGCAUAUCCUGGAUGGGGGUACUCUAUGUGUGAUGAUAAGGGGUACUCCAUAAAUGUGUUAUAA